CACCUCAUCUCUAAACCCUGCCUCGCCUCGCCACUCUGCCUCCCAAUCCUCCGCCUCGUCCCCCCAUCUUAUCCUCUCGGCUCGCCCUCAGCUCCUCCGUCUCCCAAUGGCCUCCGCCAACGCCAUCUCCGCCGCCUCCCUCCUCCGGCCCCUCUCUCAGGGCUGGGCGAGGAGGGCCAGGAACGGCCGGUCGCAGCGGUUCGUUGUCCGUGCCGACGCCAAGGACAUCGCCUUCGACCAGAAGUCCAGAGCGGCGCUCCAGGCCGGCGUCGAGAAGCUCGCUAAUGCCGUCGGUGUCACCCUCGGGCCCCGAGGAAGGAAUGUAGUUCUGGAUGAGUAUGGCAGCCCCAAAGUUGUAAAUGAUGGAGUAACUAUUGCCCGGGCUAUUGAGCUGUAUGAUCCAAUGGAAAAUGCUGGUGCAGCACUAAUCCGUGAGGUUGCUAGCAAGACCAAUGAUUCUGCUGGUGAUGGAACUACAACUGCUUCUGUCCUUGCUCGUGAAAUUAUCAAGCUAGGCCUUCUGAGUGUAACGUCUGGUGCAAACCCUGUGUCACUUAAGAAGGGAAUUGACAAAACUGUGCAGGGUCUAAUUCAGGAGCUUGAGAAUAAGGCCAGACCAGUCAAGGGUGGUGGUGAUAUCAAAGCUGUUGCGUCUAUCUCUGCUGGCAAUGAUGAAUUCAUCGGAUCCAUGAUUGCCGAAGCAAUUGACAAAGUGGGCCCUGAUGGUGUCCUUUCAAUUGAAUCUUCAUCAUCUUUUGAGACUACUGUUGAUGUUGAAGAAGGAAUGGAGAUUGACCGUGGAUAUAUUUCUCCGCAAUUUGUUACCAAUCUCGAGAAAUCUAUUGUGGAGUUUGAGAAUGCUAAGGUUCUUAUUACUGAUCAGAAGAUCACAAGCAUAAAGGAAAUCCUUCCAAUUUUGGAGAAGACCACACAGCUGAGAGCCCCACUGUUCAUUAUCGCUGAGGACAUUACUGGUGAAGCUUUGGCAACUCUUGUUGUUAACAAGCUUCGAGGAAUCCUUAACGUUGCUGCAAUUAAGGCCCCAAGCUUUGGUGAGCGGCGGAAGGCUGUCCUUCAGGACAUUGCCAUUGUCACAGGUGCAGAGUUCCUAGCAAAAGAUCUUGGUUUGUUGGUUGAAAAUGCUACAGAGGAACAACUUGGGACAGCAAGGAAAGUCACGAUACAUCAGACCACAACCACCCUGAUAGCAGAUGCAGCCAGUAAAGAUGAGAUCCAUUCUACCACAUCUUAUAAUCAAUGGAACACCAGAUCAACCAGUGAAUUAACAAAUUCAUCAUACAUUUUAGCCAAAGCUACUUCAUAUCUACAGAACAAACAACGAACACACUCACCCUCGAGCACAGUCGCACAGGUGACCCCGAUGCAGAAUCUUCAAUGUCGUUCACCGCCGUCGGAGCUUGGGUAUGGGCUGGACGACGAGAGGCAGGGGCAAAUGGAGGCUGGAUGGAAGGGGUUGAGAGGGAUACAGGGCCGGCGAGGUGGCGGGCUCGUCGUGGUUGCGGCCGGGUUCUAGCCCGCCAGUAGCGGAGCUAGGGUUCGAGAGGGGGAAAUGGAGGCGGGAGAGAGGCAAAGCCCCACUAUAAAUAGUAGAGGGGGGCUCCAAAUGAAGACAUCCAUCAAGUGCUCAACUUCAAGCCUCCUCUUGUGUUUAGAGUUGUGUUAGCUUAGGGAGUGAGUAGAGGUACUCAGGAGGGGUGCCGGUCUUCGGCGCUCUUCUCCAUUUUGUACCUCUAUGAGAGUGAGGGAGUAGUUCGGGAGAAGUGCCGGGGGUGUCGGCACUCUCAGCUUGUACCUCUACGGAUGCUGCUACAUUCUUCGGGUUUUAUUAAGUAUUCGUGGUUCCUAU